UUAUUUUGAAAGGCCACCAUCGUUGUUUACUUCCGGGUUCGUAUCGUAGGUUAGAAGAAUGGCAUCUGGCUUCAGAUGCAUCGAGUGUAACGAAAAAGCGACGGAGUUGCACCGUGAUUACUCCAACGGAAUCCUGAAGAUCACAUUAUGCGGUUCCUGCCAGAAGCCAGUAGACAAGUACAUCGAAUACGAUCCGGUCAUCAUCCUAAUCGAUGCCGUCUUGUGCAAGACUCAGGCCUUCAGACACAUUCUGUUCAACACGAGCUGGGAUAUCCACUGGAAGCUGUGCAUGUUCUGCCUGCUGUGCGAGGCCUACCUCAGGUGGUCGCUCCGGCACAGCUGGGAGUCCAGCGACGACCCCGCUGACAUCAUCAGAUACACCAAGGAGUGGGAGUUCUACGGCAUGGUGACCUUGGCCGCGCUGGAGCUGCUGGCGUUCUGCGGCGGGGUGCUGUUUGUCCUGAGGGCGGCGGCGAUGUCGUACAGUGGGCGCAGUUACGGCGGAGGAGACGUGGAUCUCCAUCUCCUUCUGAGAGCUCUUCUGCUGUCCUGCUACGGAAAAGUCCUCCUGGUGCCCGCCGUCAUCUGGGAACACGACUUCCUGCCGCUCUGCCUCGGCUUCAUCAAAGUCUUUGUGCUCACCUCCAACAUGCAAGCCGUGAGAGUGAUCCUUAACUGCAGCAAGAGCUUGGCGUUGUGCUCCGUGUGCGUGGGCCUGCUGUCAGAGACUUUGGCGGCUCGGAUGUGUCAGACCGUAGCAGCUGCAUUUCAUUAAAUGACCCUCAUUUUUGUAAGAAUAAAAAAAAAAAGGACUUUCUGAGAUAUU